AUGCUUGGUACAAAAGGAGUAAGGACCCAGAAAUUACGACUGCAGUGCAGUUCCUGUGCGGUGAUCUCCAGUUCCGGUCAACUUCUUAACAGCAGCGCCGGUGCGCAGAUUGACACCUAUCCGUGUGUCCUGCGCAUGAACAGCGCCCCCACCAGUACCUAUGAGAAAGAUGUGGGAUCCAAGACGACAGUUCGGGUCAUGGGCCACGUCAAUUUGUUGAAGGUCAACCAGAGCGACGCGGAGCAGAUGGAGAUCUUCAUCAACAAGACGACGAGAACAGAGAUGCUGGUCAUUCCUUGGCUCUACACCACCAGAAUCAACAAGAGACGAGACAAGCACUACAACAUCGCCAAGAACUUCUCCAAGGUCUACCCGGACACCGAGUUCUACGUCCUGUCCUCUGGGAAGAUGAUCUCUGCAGAGAGCAUCUUCCAGCGGGAGACUGGUAUCACAAGGAAAGAUGCUAAGACGUGGCUUUCCACGGGCUGGAUGACCCUGCUGUUUGCUCUCGAUGUCUGUCACAAGAUUGAUGUCUUUGGAUUGGUGCCGGAGAAUUAUUGCAAAACGCACCCCAAUGAUACCACACCUUACCAUUACUACGACACCGAGUUCAAAUCCCAGUGCACGUACUACAAGGAGAGUGAGGAACAUCUCACGUUUGGCCAUCUCUUUGUGACCGAGAAGGCCAUCUUCGCCCGCUGGGCCACCAAGUACAACAUCAACUUCCUCCACCCCACCUGGAACGUGACCGUCUCCAACUCGUCGGCGCCGCUGGACACGCCAUUCAUCAAGCUCUUCCACGAGGCGCAGCUCAACAAGACCAAGCAGAAGUCGCAUCGGCACCGCUCGUUCCUCGGCGCUCGCAUCCGGCCCCGCAAGCCGCCCGUCAUCGGCCCCAAAACGAAGGAAGAGGCGGAGAAGGAGAAGUACCAGAAGCUGACGCACGCCAUCAUGUUCAUCGUAGCCAUAUUUCUCAGUUUGGUGGUUUUCCUACUCCUGUUUUUACUGCAGCACAUGAUGCUGGAGGGCGAAGAGGAUGAGGACAAGGAACGCGAGUGGGUCAGUAAUUUGGACAGGCGAACGCUCAGCCGCUACCGACAUAACUACGGCUAUUGAAUCCAAAUUACAUGACCCCCCUUGGCAUUUCAUGGGCUAUAUGAUGAAAUCGAAGUGCCUGCACUCGCAAGAUGAGCUUCAUUUUCAAUAGACCGAAAAUACCACCUCCUUAGGGUGUCCAUACAUGCGAUAUAGAAACACUGCUCAUUCCUGUUCAUCUAAAGUCAAGUGAGGGCGCAAUUUAAGCGUUCUGGUCGUACUACUGCUGAAAGUUCCCUGGAGGCUAUAAAAUGCUGAAAAGUUAAUCUAAGCACUGGAUAUUUCGCUUGACUCAAAUCAGACUUGUAAGCUUCGUUCGUAUUGCCACAGUGGUCUAUGGAAACAGCAACUUAAAUUUCCCAAAUGUGAACAACUGCUAUUGAUACACACUUUGCCAUAUGUAAAUGAAAUGGCCCUGUUCACACGAAGAGAUAAUACGCUCUUCUCAGUGGCAAUAAGAACAAAUCUUACAUCCUGUGUGCAGUUCAAACUAACAGUAUGCAUAGUCGUAGUUCUUUUUCCUUUUUAAUUUUUUUUUAACCUCAUACCUCUGUUUUGGGCAUCAUGGUCAUUUAUAACAACUAUUUUCAACAUAUCCAGCUUUUUGUACUGUAUUUAAAAAAAAAUUAAUGUACUACGCUUACACACAGUGUGCUUUUAAUUUAAGAUUCAUAUUCAAAUAUUCAUUCAUCUCCUUGACUGGUACCAUUGUUAAUAUUUUCAUUUAAUUUAAUGUUUUGUGUAUGAAGUUAUAAAUGUUGAAACGUACAGACAUCUAAAAUGGUCAAGCCAGAACUUUAUGACAAGGAUUUGUUUUUAGUGAGAUGUAGACCAAGUACCCCCCCCCCUGUCCCAUUACAAAAAAAAAGGGAAGAUAUUUGGCUUGAAUUUCCGGUGGAUUAGAUAACUUGUAAUGCACUGUCUUCUGAAUAAAUUAUUAACGUCUUUGUAAAAAUUGAUGGUAACUUUGAAUUUGAAUGUGUUGUUCAUUGAAGAACAUAGUGUGGCAAUACUCCUCUCUUUUAGAAGCAUACCAUUUCUAACAUCCCCAUCAAUUGUUCUUAACAUAUGCAUUCAUGUGGGUUGUGGUGGAGCUAGGUUCAUACAUUCUCGCAGUAUAAUCUCAUGCAUACAUGUUCAUGUAUCACCAUAUUUGCAGUGUGAACAAAUGCCCAUUCUGCCACUGAAAGCGCAUGCCAUUAAGAGGCUCAGUUCACAUUUGUAAUUUUGAUCAUCAUUUUCACUGCAAAAUACGGUUUCUCUUCUUCACCAUUUAGCUAUAAAAAUAUCCUGAACAUCUAGCAAUUGUUUUGCUCGCACAUUUGUUUCGAGUCACCCUUAAUCACUUCUUAAUGUUUUGAGUGGGCCUUCGUGAAUAUCAUUUUCCACAUAUAAUACUAUAUCCAGUGAGAUUUUCUUUCUUAUCAACAUAAGAUCAGAGGGUCAUGAGUUCAAAUCCCAGCCAUGGUAAGUUUCCUUCACUAGACCAUGAUGCGCCCAUAUUGUCUUCGUCAUUCGUAAAAUCAUGUGCACCAUGCGCACUGUUCGCGACAAAAAGCAUAGUUUGAGCCAGUUCGUAAAAAUAUUCUUGCCACGCACAUGUUUUUUUUAGAGGCACAAACCUCAUACGCGCAGCAUCUAGGUUGGGUCUUCGACCUGUGCACGCCAUUCCAGAGACUUUAUAGUACACAAAAAAUGGUUUGAGUCAGUUCAUAAAAUCAAAGGAGUGGGUUGAGCUGGUUCAUAAAAAAAUCACUCACUUUUCUACAUAGAAAUAUUGCUAACGAUUUUUGAGGGAUAAGAAUAUGUCUGUUGUUAUUCUUAAAAAAAAAAUAGUAAUGCCAUCUAUAAGUAUAAUGGGCUUUUAUUUUCCCAGCAAACCAGUGCUAAAUGAUACUUCAAAAUUAUAUUCAUGAGAUACCCUGGUGGUUUUUUUUUAAAUUAUUAUGAGUAACACAAUGGAUACGUGUGAGCAUUUUAUAAAAGACGCUAUUAAAGAAUAGGAAUGGGGAGGAUACUGUAGUGAAUUCAGUUGUGCAUGAAAUGGAAAUGUUAAAAUUUAAUGUACCAGACGUAGCCACAGGCGGAAAUAUUUGAUAUCAACAGAGGUUUGAGGUAAAAAAAAAGGAUUUAAAGAAAAUAGAGGAAGAGGAAAGAGAAUUAAAGCAGCUAUUGCAUACUAUAAAGUGUACCGGUAUUCGGAUAAAAAAAAGGGAAAUCAGAGAAUUUUUGAUGCAGAAAAAAUUACAAGAUUCUGUUGUGAAUACGGUACACAAACAAAUGGGUUUAUAUACAUCCAUCACUGAAGCAGAAUGAAUGAGCAGUGUUUCCUUCGAUCAUUCAAGAAUUAAAAUGAAAAAGGUUUCUUCUUUAUCAAUCUUUGAAAUAUUAUAUAAUUGUAUUUCCUAUUUCAUUCGAGCCCUUUAACUUUUAUUUUCACAUUCUUCAUAUCCACUAGUUAUUCACUGGUCACGCAUUACAUGUACAUGUCGUAUCCCAUUGUCACUGUGAUACAGUCUUUAAUUCUUAAGUCAUUGUGCUUUUAGAUCUAUGGUUUGCUUUUCAAAUUCUCAUUGUGCUGUAGAUAUAUCAAAAAAUGAAGAAUACCUAAAAGGUCCUAUGUUAGAGAAAAGGUAUCUGUCAGACAUGUUUUUUAAAUGUUGUACACUUGAAUUUCUUUCUAAUGCAUUUAGUCAUUUUCGGUUUAGUUUUUCAAUUUAUCCCCUUAAAGUUUUUUUUUAAUUCACCCAACUUUCACUUUCUUUGUGGUUGGGUAUUCCCGACUUCCCUGGUAUAAACAUCCUUCAUUUGACAGAUAGGCCUGACACACUCGCAAGAAAAAAAUGUCAUACAUGUGCAUCAUUUAUCUCUCUCUCUUAGACGUCUCUUUCUUUUCUUUACCGAGUGCAUGCCCUCAUACCGCAUUUUGCAUGAUAGGUAGUUUUUCACGCUAGUGUGAAUGAGCUUAGCAUCCAGCGCAACCCACAUGGGUGUGUAUAUGCAUCUGUGUAUAGAUUAACCCUUUGGUUUUAGAGACUUGGGACCCACUCACACUAAAGCCUAAUGAUUCAUCCUACAAAUGAUUGUGUGAUUGAAAGCUUUAAUCAUUGUCGAUUGUGGAAAUUGAUGUAAAAUCAGUCACUUUAUAGCUACGGUAUGUGCUACAUUGUAGGUCCUUGGUCUAGCAACACAAUAAUUUGUGAUUUAUCUCAAAGGAUAUACUCACUGUAUUUGUAAUUGAUUGUAGUGCUUGAAGCUUUAAAUCGUAAAAGAUUAGUCUAUGGUCAAUUCCUGAGCUUAUGUGAUACAGGGUUUGGGUGGGCUGUUUAUUCAAGCCUGUGGUAAUAUGAGAAUUCAGAACUGAAUGGUUUUGAUUUGAAUGGUUUUGAUUGUAUUGUUUUAAAAUUAAUCUUUCACGAAAUAUCCUCUUGUGGUUACCAUAAUGUAUUAUCAGGAGCGUAGUUUGCAAUAUACAGAUAUAUCUAACGACUUCCAGUGGUGUGUUUCAUAAAGCAAGUACCGUAGUCAGUGAAAUUCACUGACUUUUAAUUUGAACCAAUCGGGUGCAAGGUUUUCAGUAGCUUAGUAAACACUACAUGUACUGCCUAUUUGUUGCGUGAAAAGCUCCCAGAUGUAAUGACUCGGAGAGUUGUACUCCUAAUGUAGCGAUGCUUUUAACUGAGCAGAAUAAUGGUGCAGAUAUUUGUUGAUUUACAAUUUAUUCUCUUUAUAAAAAAAACCCCAGAUUAUUAAGUAAUGUUGGAUAUGAUUGAAAGUGGUCAAUGCAGUAAUAGUGAAAUAUGAUAUACAGCUGGAAUAAUUAAUCACUAACUACAUGUAUAUUAAAGUACGUAGAUAUGUGGCAUCAUGCUCUUACAAUUGAAGGGGGGAUGGCAUAAUAGACCACCCCCCCCCCCCACCCACUAGGCUUGCUGCUUAAAUUUUUGGCCAUGAUCUUUGAGAGGAUACGUGUACUUACAGACCUAAGGCCCCUUUCACAAAGCCUAGCAAUUGAUUGAUUGUAGAAUUGAUUUGUAUGUCUGAUUACACUGAUUGACAAUGCAAUCAAGUAGAUUGUGAUCAAUCACAGCGCUUUGUGUAACAUGUCCCUCUGAUAUGCUGAAACUGCUGAAAGAAUGGGUUGUAUGUAUUGGUCAUACACCUUUGCGUGGUUCGAUAUAUUUCCUGAUCUUUAUGCCUCUUUAUGAAACUGAAUAUUUUAAGUAUUAAGAACAGACAGCAAUGAUUGAAUGAAGGUCUGUCCAGGCCUGAGUCGGUUUUUCAUAUAGCUGUUCGUAAAGAUGCAAGCAACGUUACGAACGACUGGUGAUUCUUUCUUAAGAGCUGAAUCCACACCGAUGAAAGUUUGGUGCCAUUAUUUACCUUCAAGAAAGGAUCACUAUUUGUUCGUAAAGUCGCUCAUAACUUACGAACAGCUUUAUGAAAUACAUGUGAUGUAUCAUGUGUGUGCCUCCUUUACAAUGUACUUUUGAAGCUGUGAAGAGAAGAAUAGUAAUUUGUGAAACCAAUAAUGGUUUAUUCAGUGCCAAAAAUUUUGUUAGAAAUAUAAAUGAAAUGAAAUGAAAUGAAAAAGAGUAUAGUAUGAAUGGUGCAUAUAUUAUAAAAGUGGAAUAGUAUUCAUACCAAAA